CUCAGUUAGGGCGGGUGUUAAUUGCGUAAUCAGUUUCACAAGCAUUGUGUGUCCCGCUGUUGGCUUUGAUCAAAUGUUAACGGCGUUUCAGCGGAUGUUAAGCUUACAUUUAUAGUUUAACAUUAUAGAAUCUCGUGUGCAACUUUUGUUUAUGAUGUUGUGUUGUGUUCUUAAAGCGACGCUGUGAGCAGGUGGGUAAAUGUAGCCCCCAGUUAGCUCCUUUACAGGCUAAUCAGAGACUGCUAACCGUAAGAAAAUGAACCAUAAAAGUAAGAAGAGAAUAAAAGAGGCCAAGCGGAGUGCCAGACCCGAGCUCAAGGACUCCCUAGACUGGAUGAAACACGGUUAUUAUGAGAACUUCGACGUGUCGCACCGAACCGUAAAGGACAACGUGGAGCGCGUCGAUGCCCUCCGUCUUUCUCCAGAAGAGUUCAUCUCGCGCUUCGAGCGGCCCUACAAACCCGUCGUCCUCCUCAAUUGUCAGGAGAACUGGCCCGCUCGGGAAAAAUGGACCAUGGAGCGCCUCAAACGCAAAUACCGAAACCAGAAGUUUAAGUGCGGGGAGGAUAAUGACGGUUACUCCGUAAAAAUGAAGAUGAAGUACUACGUGGAGUACCUGGAGUCCACUAAAGACGACAGUCCGCUCUACAUCUUCGACAGCAGCUACGGCGAGCACGCCAAACGGAGGAAGCUGCUGGAGGACUACGAGAUCCCGGUGUUCUUCAGGGACGACCUGUUCCAGUUUGCAGGGGAGAAACGCAGACCUCCUUACAGGUGGUUUGUGAUGGGCCCGGCCCGCUCCGGCACUGGCAUCCACAUCGACCCGCUGGGUACCAGCGCCUGGAACGCCCUGGUUCAGGGCCACAAGAGCUGGUGCCUGUUCCCCACCAACACGCCGCGGGAGCUCAUCAAAGUGACCAGGGAGGACGGCGGGAACCAGCAGGACGAGGCUAUCACCUGGUUCAGCGUGGUGUACCCCCGGACCCAGCAGCCCGCCUGGCCCCCAGAGUUCAGGCCGCUGGAGGUCCUGCAGAGGCCCGGCGAGACCGUCUUUGUUCCGGGUGGAUGGUGGCACGUCGUCCUCAACUUGGACACGACCAUCGCCAUCACUCAGAACUUUGCCAGCACCACAAAUUUCCCCAUCGUUUGGCACAAAACGGUCCGAGGACGACCCAAACUGUCCAGGAAGUGGUACCGGAUUUUAAAGCAGGAGCGGCCGGAUCUGGCAACGCUGGCAGACAAGGUGGACCUGCAGGAGUCGACGGGCAUCGCAUCUGACAGCUCCAGUGACUCUUCAUCCUCGUCAUCGUCAAGCUCGUCCGACUCCAAUUCUGAUGGGGAGUCGGGGUCUGAGGGCGACGCUUCGUCUCACCGCAGGAAGAAGAGGCGGACCUGCGGGAUGAUGGCUAACGGAGACACCACCAGCCAGGACGACUGCGCCAGCAAGGAGCGCUGCUCGUCACGGUGACCCACAACGGUCGCUCGGCCUCCGGCUGCUUCCAGCCUCUGACCUCAUGAACGGGACCGUCCGGUUGGCUGCGGAGAUAAGGAGGGGCCCGUGGGCCUGCUGGAGACCUGCAACCACUGUGCUUUUAACUGGGAUCGAUAUGUUUGUCUCUGAGAGGUCAUGAUCCUAGAGGUGGGAGGGGGCGUUUCCUGCACUGCUUUUAACUGUAAAAUCACAUUCAGUUGAUUCAGCUUCUGUAGGUUAAUGAUCCAGAGGUUCUGCAGCAGAACUGUGUCUUGGAAGACAUGUUGCGUUCAGGUUAACUCGGAGCUUUCUGUGUUACUUCUAUCAUCUCUGGAAUAAACUGACAAUGAGGCCUUCUUCACUCAUUCACCACUUCAUGACCACUGCUUCCUGCUUGGAAAUCUGAAAGUUCAUGCGCUGAUUUUUACUGAACACAGCAUCAGAACUUCUAGUUCUAAGAUUAAAGUUGUGCCAAAAAUGA